CCCUCUGUAUCGAUGUAGUUGUUUCAAAGAUGGCGGAUUUCCUGCCAUCCCGCUCCGUUUUAUCUGCAUUUUUCCCCAACUGCCUCCUUACAAGCGGCGAGGCAGAGCAGCUGCGGAAAUCCAAAGAGAUAGAUAAGUGUAUUCACCGAGACAAGACUUAUGUUAAAAGGCUAGUAAAGAUCUUAUUGCUCGGGGCGGGAGAAAGCGGCAAGUCCACUUUCCUCAAGCAAAUGCGUAUUAUUCAUGGGCAGGACUUCGAUCAGAAGGCCAAAGAAGAAUUCAGGGCUACGAUUUUUAGUAAUGUUAUUAAAGGCAUUCGAGUGUUAGUGGAUGCUAGAGAGAAACUGCACAUCCCGUGGGGUAACCCGUCCAACCAGCGGCAUGGAAACACUAUGAUGGCAUUUGACACUCGGUCGGCGAUGGCUCACGGUCACGGCAUGGUGGAGCCCAAAGUUUUUCAGCACUACCUGCCGUCAAUCAAGGCCCUGUGGGCGGACCAGGGCAUCCAGAAUGCCUACGACCGGCGCAGGGAGUUCCAGCUGGGGGAGUCGGUCAAGUAUUUCCUGGACAAUUUGGAAAAGCUCGGACAGUCGGACUACCUUCCCAGCCAGCAGGACAUCCUUCUGGCCAGAAAACCCACCAAGGGCAUCCACGAGUAUGAUUUUGAGAUUAAGAAUGUGCCUUUCAAAAUGGUGGACGUGGGUGGGCAGCGCUCUGAGAGACGGCGCUGGUUUGAAUGUUUUGAGUCGGUCACAUCCAUCCUCUUCCUUGUGUCCUCCUCUGAGUACGACCAGGUGCUGAUGGAAGACCGGCAGACUAACCGACUGAGCGAGUCACUAAACAUCUUUGAGACCAUAGUCAACAACCGGGUCUUCAGCAACGUCUCCAUCAUCCUGUUCCUGAACAAGACGGACCUGCUGGGGGAGAAGGUGAAGCAAGUGUCCAUCAAAGACUACUUCCCCGAGUUCUCUGGUGACCCCAUGAGUUUGGCAGAUGUCCAGUGCUUCCUGGUGGAAUGCUUUCGCAAAAAGCGCCGCGAGCAGCAGCAGAAGCCUCCGCAGCAGCUGAAGCCUCUGUACCACCACUUCACCACAGCCAUCAACACUGAAAACAUCCGGCUGGUGUUCCGUGAUGUCAAGGACACCAUCCUGCACGACAACCUCAAGCAGCUGAUGCUGCAGUGAGGGGGCGCGGCAGGGAAGGGCGGAGGCAAAGGGAACAUGGCUCGCAGUCUUAACAGCAGCCGUAGGAGGAGCGGACAGCGUCACUGCUUUCACCCACCCAGGAUUUUCUCUGCCCCUCACUGUUGAACUUGACUGUGUAUUAAAGCAACCACUACUAUGGCCACUCCCCCCUGUGCUUCUUUGCUUAACAAGCGUGUUCACUGUAACUUAUAACAGCCCACUGUGGCUGAGUUCUUCCUGCCCUUAGACCCAUGUAACUGACCUGUAGUCCUCACUCUCUCAGGCCACGCCCACACUCCUGAGCAUCCUUUAUAGUGUCCCUGUGUCCUGCUCCCACACUGGAGAGGAGGGGGUGACUGUUACCAAGGUGUUGUUGUAAACGUGCUCUUCACUGUGCCUUGGUGUGGAUUUAUACUUUUCUAAUCAUUUUGUUUUCUAUUGUAUGAACAUACUGUUAACCUAUGCAUUUUUCUAUCAUAGGGGUUUACACUCUGACAUUUGGACUGUUACAGUUAUUCAAAGAUGUCGGGUGCUGCUGACGAAGCGUGCAGACACAAACACGCCGCUUGCUGAAAGCUGGUCGGGGUUUGGGGUGACCCGCAGUACUGGUGCUGUUUCUCAGGGCACCAUUUCUAAACCACUACUGUGAUUUGUAACAUGUGUACCUUACCCUUGCACCAGUCAAACGGGUUUCCCUUUAUUUGCCACAAAACUGGCCGGAGUUGUACUUCAGAAGCAAAACUCUGGCCGUCGACCUCAGCCUUACUUUACUGCGAGUGAUUUGACCCGUGUGCUUGCACAUGCUAACAUGUGAUUUGUGGAUGCUGCCUCAUUGACCGUGGUUAAAGAUAACACUAAGGGAAACAUGUAAAGCGGCCUUUCUCAAACGUUUGGCAGAUGUUGCAGCGCGGGUUGAGCCCCGGGGUUUUCUUCAGUGGUACAGAGAGAGAAUUAUCACCUUAAGUGUUGCGUAUUGUACUGCAGGCGAUGAGGUGGCCAUGUUGCCUUUUGUCUUAAUCAGAUGUUCAUGUGAGGCCGCCCCUCACCACAGGGACAUAUUCCUGCUGCAGUCUGUGCAGCUGCCGGCUGCUCUCGUUUUGUAUAAAGCUCACGUGUCCAUUCUAACGCAUGUGUCCCUCACAUCGACCUAAAGCUUGUUGCAGCCGCUCUAACUUUCCACACAGUAUAAUGGUAAGUGUUAUUUUGCUAUGUGGUGUUUUUGGUUUGGGGUUUUUAAGCAGAAGCAGGCAUCUGUUGGACGGUCUUAUGUUGUUUAAGGGGCUUCCUGUUUCCCAGCUUCCUGUGUGAUUUACAACACGAACGCCACAAUCCUGUACGUGUCCCUGCAAACAACUGGCUCCACUGGUCCAUGCUAACCAGCUGUAAAAGUAGUCUUGUUGCCUUUUUGGGGGUGAGCAGUUCCACACUGUGGACUUUUGAACAACGGGAACAUUCUGUGUGCGUCAGCAUGGGUAUUUUUUUGUACUUUCUAAUUGUGAUAAUUGCUAAUGUUGAAUAAGUAAAGAAUACUUAAUGUUAAUCACUGUUAAUAAGUGUUGUGCACAGACCUUUGUAACUGUGAGCUGCAAAGCUUCAAAGGGACACGAGGCAACUGAGAAACUGGCUGAAAAGGUUUGAUGUGAUCACAGAGCUGUGCAUUUACAAAUACUAUCAUUAACUGUCUUUGUCUUAUCAGAUCUACACCUGCAGUGUUGACUCGACUCAAAUAAAGUUUCCUCAAAUACAACACGUGA